UAUUGCAUGAGAUACAAGAGCGAAUGGAUUGGUUGGAAGAAAUGGAAAAACUGGGUGAAGGUCACAUCUACAAACCGCUCAUUAAAAAUGAGAUUGAAGAGCGAUUGCGCCUCAUCAAGCGACUACAGCCCGAUGCGAAUCGGAAAACGACAGAAUCAAACGGGGAACAGUAAGAAUCAGGUCAAAAAAUCACGACAGUAGAGCAUAAGUAGUGCAGAGAAAUUUGAAUUUAGACUAAAUUUGCACGUCACACGAACAACGUAAAAUCAUUUGGAAUUUAUGAAGAAAAAAUUUAACUUUGGCAUUUAUAAAAGAUUAGAAAUAAAAGAUAAAGUGACCGGAAACUGAACAAUAAACAAUAGGUUUGAUUAUUAUUUGUGUGCAAAAUUAAACAACAAUUCGGUGCAAUCACAUUGUGACAUUGGUAUCUCACAAGGCCUGAAUGCAUUGUGAUGUUCUGAGACAGAUAUGUGCAAAGACACAAACAAAACAUUUGGGGUAUGUUCCGUGCGUUUGACGUCAAACAUCUUUGGACAUGUUCAAGUUGUUGUAAAUGUCUUGAAGUAAAUAAAGAAGAAAAAAAAAACUUUCACAUCGGCCGGGUCAUUUUGUGAAAUUCAAUUUUUUUUUUCACUCUUCCAAUUGAAUUAAUCGUCAUUCUGAAUUCGAUGCAUAUAUUUGUUCAUUGCAAUAAAUAUCCAAAAUGAUGAUUGAAAUUCAUUGAAUGCCAAAGACCGUCGUGUGAAUGAAAAGAAACCAGAGAUUCUUUUUUUUUUUAUUUGUUCAUUCGCCGAUUGACUGAACGCACCUUGCAUACAAAAUAUUGUUAGUAUAGCAGACACACUCACAAAUACAAACAUCACCGUCUCAUUGCGAAUGGAUGAGUGUGCACACAAUACGCCUUAAAAUUGACAGUCGAUGCUUGCACAAGGUACGGAAAGCACGGCAAGUAACUACAGUGUAAAUCACCAUACUGAUACAAUAAUGAAGCAUAUAGUUUUAUCGUAGUCAAGUGUUGGCAGAAAAGAAGCAACAACAGCAGUAGCAUCGGAUUGGGCGAUACACACGAGAAGAAGAAAAAAAAACUACACGAGAAAAACCAAAACAGGAAAACUCGAUGCUUUUGUACACCGCAACGAAAAAUCAAUCAAUCAAUUAUUUUUCUCUUCACACAGCUGAGUAACCGAAUUUGUAUUGCAAAACACAGUGUUUCGUUCGAAAUUUUGUUUGUUUAUCUGGCAUUUGUCAUCGCUGGUGAAAAUGAGUAAAUGCACAAAGAAGCCACAGCAAACCAUCUAAAGUGAAACACACACAUCGUUUCAUUUUCUAGCUGAUCGAUUUGGUUUGCAUUUCAUCGAUUCGAAUCGUAUGUGCGUAUCAAACGUUGUGUAUUUUUUUUUCUAUCUCGGUGGUGAAAAUUUACCAAAAAAUCAUCGAAAAAAAUUCACCCGUAAAAAUGUAACACAAAAAAUGAGCCAAUCGCAAUUUUUGGUGAUAUAAUAAUAGUAAAAAAAAAAGGUGAAAUAAGUGCAGAAGAGAAAAGUGUUUUUAUUUUGUAUACCAUUUAGAAAAUCCAAAGCAAAGAGUGGCAGAUGUGAAUGUGUACGUGUAAAAAAAAAAUUGCGUGUCUUGUGAAAACGCAAGAAAAAAUAGAGUAGUAAAAACACACUUGAAAAAAGAGCAACAACAACGAGAAAAAAAAAGUUACGUUGCAUAUAGAUAUUGUGUGUGCGGAAAUGUUUUGGGCAUAAUAAUUUUGUUUUGUUUGUUAUAUCGUGUGUAUCGAGAGCGAGUAAUAUAUUGUUACGAUUUCGCAUUUUCAUGUACUGAUGAUUGCGCUUUGCUGGUGCAUGCGCUCGAAUAAUCAAUGCUGAAUUACGAAUCAAAUUAGUUGGAAUUAGUGUUAGAGAGAACGUUCAGGGGAAUACGAUUGUAAUAAUUAGAAAGAAACAAAAGAAAUAGAAGAAAAAGGAUAGAAAAAAACGGGCGCAAAAGUGAUUGGCCGCUAAAAGAAGUGUAAAACAGCAAUAAAAAAGUAUUAUUGAAAUUGUUCAUUGCCAAAAAGAAAAUAAUUCGUGUGUGCCAAAAGUGAAAAUGAGUGUUUUUUCGGAUUUUCGACGAAUGUGGCUGAAGCGAUUUCCCGACAAUUCGCUGUCUAGCGAGUGGGAGGCCGAUGUGAGGGUUAGCCUGCAGAGACAUAAACAAAAGGUUGACGACUUAAGCAAAGAGCUCGAACAAGAGAUGCUCUAUGUGGAAUAUUUGGAGCGUUUACUCGGCGAUGUCGAAGAGUUUCGCAAAGCAGGUGGUGAUCUAUCGAUUCCACUUGAACCGUCCGAUGAAGAUGAGAAACAGAACGCAUCAUCUGUCGCCGCCGCCGCUGUUGCCACCAUCACCGUCGACCAAUCGAUCGAUAAGCAAACGGAAAAAAGUGAUGACAUAGGCAGUGCAACAAAUGACGAGCACACAUCAGUAUCGAUUAACGGGAACGGUAGUGUGAGCGACAAUUUGCAAACCAUUGACACAGAAUCGAGUGAAUUCGCAAACUCAAUGGCAGCCAUACGGAGUAAAGUGGAAAAAUUGAAUCAGAGCCGCGAACAAGGCACAUUGCAUCAUCAUCAGUGCAUCGAUGAGUUGACUUCACAUUUACGGAAUACACAGCUCAAAAAUGUGGACGAUUCAAAGAUUGCGUCGCCAACGCGAUCUGAAACACCAACCAGUUUUGUGACUGUUAUCGAAGUAAAAGAUCCAUCGCCCAUUCCAACAUCAAUUGCUACAUCACCGACAUCCACAUCAAUUUCGAUUGCUGCAAACGAUAAUGUGGAUUCAAAACCAGAACCAACAACACCAGCGCCCACAUUGCCGCAACAGCAACGGCCACAGCAGCAGCAGCAGCAACAGCAGCAGCAAGAGGAGCCCAAAGACGAAACACAGUCGACAGUCAUUGAAAAGAAUGACGAAAAUAAUGCAUCACCCGUGCAAACUGUGGAGAUUAGACGGAAAAUUCCGCCAAGACCACCGCCAAAAGUGGCACGACGUAUUGGCCCAGUGCCUGACACACCGACCACAAUCACUGAAACACCGCCAUCACCGUCGACAACGACAUUUGGCCAUCCGCAAUCGCCAAGCAAUAAUCAAUCGACCUGCUCAUCUGAUUCAAAUGUCAAACCAUCCGAGUUUCUCCGGCAUAAGCACAACGACGAGAAAUUGUCGUCGGUUUUGCUCAAGUACACACAACACGGUAGCAUCACAAAAUCCGGUCAAAACAGCAGCUCCGAAAGUCUUAUCAACAGUACAAAUAAUGAGGAAACAUUGCACGUUGUUGAGUCAUAUCCAAUAUCAGAACGUAUAAAAAGCUACGAAUCAAUAUCAUCACUGAGUUCAGAUGGACUCAAGGCCGUUGUUCCAAAUGCAAAUAACACCAGCGCAAACAAUUCGCAUAGCACAAUCGAGCACAAUAAUAGUGGCGGGCAUAUUGAUACCGAACCGUACUAUGAUACGGUGCCGAUUGAAGAGACUGACGAUGAAAUCGAGGCCGACGAAAGUGAUUUGAGAACGAAUUCAUUGCCAAAGGUGUUGGACAGCCAACUGAGUGUGGAAAGUGGCCAGGUCGGAGAACGAGUAUCCAACUAUAUCAACAUCGACUACUUUUUGUCCAGGCAAAAUCGCAAGCUGCGGGAUAGCUCGAAUGAGAGCGACGACGAUCUUGAUGCAGGCACUUCUUCUCCACCACCACGGUCCAUUAUUGAUGAUACCAAAAAUGUGCUACCCUCACGAAUUAAGGCCGUUGCGCAUGCAGAUAAUCAUCGCAAUGUCCAGAUUCGAAACAUAGUUAGCAGUAUUAUCACUAGUGAAACAUUCUACGUGGAAUGCCUAACGAAGAUGUUACAUUACAUGAAAGCAAUGGCAGCAACCUUAACCACAUCACGACCAGUUAUCAGUAGAAAUGAGCUACAAACGAUGUUCUUCAAAGUGGAAGAAUUGCAUGUGGUUCAUUCUGAAUUUUUGACAUCACUAAAAAAUAAAAUUGCAAACGAAAGCAGAGACAUUCACAUCGGCGAUGCGUUUGAGGAACUUGCCAAACAUAUUCACAUUUACGGUGCAUUUUUGCACAACUAUGGCCAAGCCAUUGACACGGUAAAGAAAUGUGGAGAGAAUAAUACACAAUUCAAAGAGAUUGUGUCGAAAAUCGUACUGAACUCACAGAAUGAACAGCUAUUAACGUUAGAAGACUUGUUGCACAAGCCAGUGGCGCGUUUGCAGAAGAAUGCAUUAGUUCUGAAAGAUUUGAUCAAUGAAACCCCUUCGACACAUGCUGAUUACAAACCAUUGAUUCAGUCACAGAAACAUUUUGACAAAUUACUGUCGGAAUUCAAUGUGGUUCAGAACAAAAGUUCGAGUGAAGACAAAGCAUUGAGACGCUUGGUGAAGAACUCAUUCAUCGUUGAGCUGGUGGAUGGUCACCGAAAAUUGCGACACUUAUUCUUGUUCAACGAUGUGAUUGCAUGUGCAAAAUACAAAGCGAGCGGUCGUGAUCGAUUCGAGUUUGAGUUAAAAUGGUUCAUAAGUCUCAAAGAUAUUUUCAUCCCAAGUGAUGACUUUGUACUGCGUAGCCCAAGCGCAUCGACCAUAAACAAUCCGCUCGGAAUUGAUGCUAAAGAGAACAAUCCGUCGAAUUUGUUGUCGCUGAAAACGCAAGCUUCGGCCGUACGAGAUUUGAUAUUAGCCGAGGAACGUGACGAUAAAAAGCACAAACUCUACAGCUCACGCUCGAUCGAUAAAUGUCGCAAGAAAUUGCACGAUAUCGAAGCUCAAUUGGUGUUGGCAUCACCCACGUUGGUCUUUCGUUUGGGCAACAAAACGAAUAACAAAAUUUCCACAUUCUUCCUGAGCUCACAAUUUGAACGUAACCAGUGGAUUGAUACCAUAAUCAAUUUGCAGGAGUCAUGUAAUCUGCCGAGUGCACAACAAGUGAGUUUAUUGGAUUUGCAAGCAUGGAUUGCCGCUUGUCAGACGUUCGUUAAAACCGAAAUGGGUUCGUAUCUGAUGCGAAACAGUCGCGAUGAAAGUUUACUCAUUGGAGACUUACAUCUCACGAUUAUCGGAGUGUCUGGCUUUGACAAACCAUCCGAUCUGUUUUGUUGUGUCGAGGCUGACUCGUACGGGCAUUAUUUCCACAAAGCUACAACCAAAACACCAACAAAUUGUGUCAAUCCACAAUGGAACGAGAACUUCCUCAUCGAACUUGAAGGAUGCCAGAAUAUGAGAUUUUUGCUGUAUGAAGACACAGGCAACACCAGGCCAAUGUUGAAGGCUGAACAUGUUUUACGGUUAAGCCGAAAUUGGCUCGAAGAUGCUCCAAUUGCCAAAUCGCUCAAACUCUCCGAUGCAAUCACCUUGAAUAUUAUCAUCACGUUUGCCAAUGAAGAGCUUCAAUCAUGUCGAGUGCCAACAACAAAACCAGGACCAAUAUUCGGUGUUAAAUUCCAACAAGUAUUAAAACGUGAAAAACGAGACAUUCCAUUUAUCAUCACUUCAUGCAUUCGAGAAGUUGAACGUCGUGGAAUGCUGGAAGUUGGUAUUUAUCGAGUCAGUGGAUCCGCAUCAGAUUUGGCUCGACUCAAGAAAGCAUUCGAAACGAACAAUUAUGAAGCCGAACAACAAUUGAAGGAUGUGGAUGUUCAUUCCGUGACCGGCAUUUUCAAAUCAUAUCUACGCGAACUGCCCGAAACCCUAUUCACAGACGUUCUGUAUCGCCGUCUCAUCGAGACAUUCAAUAAAUUUAGCAAUAUCAAUGAGAAUGAACUAAGCCAUGAAUUACAGAAGAUAUUCGUCGAUGUGCCGCCACAGAGCAAAGCAACCAUCAACUAUAUUCUAGAUCAUUUAUUGAGAGUUCAUCAACAGGAAAAUGAGAAUAAAAUGUCACUGCAUAACUUGGCGAUGGUGUUUGGACCAACAUUACUGCGAUCCGCUUUGAACCAGCCCAAGCAGAAGGAUCAGUUGGAAAUGAGCACAGUCGAUGUUAUGGCACAAGCGGGCAUUCUAUACUGCUUCUUGCAAGCUAGGAAGAAGUAAGCACAAAACACACAAAAAAAAGACAUCGCACAACGUAACGUGAUUUUUAGUGUGACACAGUGAAAGUAUGGAAAUAAAACCAAAUCGCUGUAAAAUGUGUGUUGAUAAAGAAAUAGAGUGGCGUUACACUUCACAAGUUCUGAUAAAAACAAUUUUAUCUAGAGACAGUUUUAUCGAGAAGAAAACAUGUGACGUCAGCCGAUGUUAAAUUGCUGAACUAUUGGACUUGGAAGUGUAGUGCCGCAAUUACUUUAUCCAUGCAUUUAAUCAGCAGUUUUUUUAGAAAAAAAAUUCCAAUUUUUGUUGCUGUAUGAUUAACAUAAAUUUAUCUUAAUUUGUUUUUUUUUUAUUGCCGAGACGAAUUGUUGAAUUAGUUUUUGAGAAGAGUAAAACAAAAAAGAAACAGUGAAUAAUAAUAAUAUUCAACAAACCUGUUUGUUCCGUUAGAUUUGUUUUUGUUAUUAUUUCACCGUAGAAACAAGUGGAAAAAUAUUGUGUUUUCCUCGUUUACUUUGUGUUAGACAAAAGAACGAACCAUUUUUAUGUAAUUUAAACUAAAAAAAAAUAAAGAUAAAAGAUACAAGUGGAA